AUGGGGAACACGUGCAGGCAGCCUCCCCACGCCGCCGGCGAGGCCGCGGAGGUGAGCGUGCCGAAGGUAAACGUCGAACGGCUCGAGCGGCAGAUAAGAGAGCUCACUGAGAACCUGAAGACGCUGCAGGGCGCGCACCAGAAAUAUGUCCAGGAAAAUGAGACACUGGAGCAGAUCAAGGAGAGGGUCCUCUCGGAGCUCUGCGAGCAGGGCGGGGAGGAGCCGGAGGAGAGCGGCGGGGACGAGGAGGCCGCCCGCGCCGAGGAGGAGGAGGCCGCCCGGGCGGAGGCCGAGAUGGCGGUCCUGAGGGAGAGCUUGGCGGGUCUUCAGGAGGAGCGCCUCCGGACGGAGCAGCUGCGGGCGAGGAUCGCGGAGCUGGAGGCGCAGGAGGAGCUCCAGGAGGUGCCGGCGACUCGCGAGGCCCGCGCGUGGCGCGCGGAGCGCCGCGGUCUCGAGGCGAAGAAGGAGGAACUGGAGCAGUCGCUCGCGGAGACGAGCAUGGAAAUCGAGGACCGCGAAGAGCUGAUACGGACGAUGCAGGAGGAGGCCACGGCGGCGCUGGGCGAGUUGGGCGCGGUGACCACGCCCAGGGCCGAGGCGCCGGGCUCCCUGCCAUCCUCCGUGGGCCGCGGGAGCCCCGCCGGCGGCGCGUGGGCCCUGGGCGGCGGCCUGCAGGACGAGUCCGCGGUUCUCCACGCGCUGCGCGCCGAGAGGGCGGAGCUCCAGGCGCAGUGCAGAGCGCUCGCGGAUACCGCGGAGAGAGCCUGCGCUCAGGCGGAGCAGGCCUGGCUCAGGUUCGAGCGGCAGGAGCUGCCCGCGCCGCCCCUCCGCAGCGGCGCCCCCGCCGCCGCGGGCGAACCCGGCGCCCCGCCGUCGUGGCCGCCGCCGCGCGCGGCGCCCGGCGUGCCCGGCGUGCCGGCGGGCGCGCCGCUCGUGGCGUGGCACCCAGCGGCGCCGCGGGAGCCGCCGCGAGGGGUACAACACCUGGUGCACCCGCCCGGGUACACGAACACGUAG